CCCAAAAGAUAACAGCGCACAGAUGCUCGUUCCACUUAGGAAUUACUGUGUUUGUCUCAGAAUCGUUUGCAUGAACGCAAACAUGAUUCUCUAGCAAAGCAGUCACCUGGCACAGCCUGUUUACCUGUGUUGACUCAGCGUGGAGCAGCAGCCUGGUACUCCGCUUCAUAUCGACCUUUUAAAGCAUGAAUCUCACUCGAUUGGAUGAGUGCUGUGCCUUCGAGGCUCCCAUCUUGGACCAGGUUUUACCUCCGAUUCUGGUCCUCGAGUUCAUGUUCGGACUGCUGGGGAACUUCGUGGCUCUGUGGAUGUUCAUCUUCCACAUGGAUGAAUGGAAGCCAAACUCUGUAUACCUGACUCACCUGGCUGUUGCAGACUCCAUUGUGCUGUUCUGCCUUCCUUUCAGGGCUGACUAUUACAGGCGAGGGAAGGACUGGCUGUACGGCGAUGCCAUGUGUCGAAUUCUUCUCUUUCUUCUGGCUGCAAACCGUGCUGCCGGGAUCUUCUUCCUCACGGCUGUAGCUGUUGACCGUUACUUUAAGAUCGUCCACCCGCUGAAUAAGAUCAACAAAUUGGGUCUCGGCUAUGCACUCUGGGUCUCGCUCUUCCUCUGGGGUCUCAUAUUUCUCGCAACCGGGUAUCUCCUCUCUGAAGAGCACUUCUUCGAAUCCAGAAACCGCACUCAGUGCGAGAGUUUCAACAUCUGCAUGGGUUUCAGCCCCCUGUCCACCUGGCACAACACUUUCUACAUCGUCCAGUUUUUCCUCCCCACCACAAUUGUGGCUUUCUGCACCAUCAGAAUCACCUGGCAGCUGAGGAACAGGACUGUAGACAAGAAGGGGAAAAUCAAACGGGCCGUGCAAUUUGUUUUGGCUGUGGCUCUGAUCUUUAUUACCUGCUUCUUCCCCAGCACCAUUUCACGCAUCGCUGUGUGGAUCCUCAAGGCGUGGUAUGACGAAUGCAAGUACUUUGAAGCGGCCAACCUGGCGUUCUACACAUCGGUUUGUUUCACUUACUUCAACAGCGUCCUCAACCCGGUGGUGUACUAUUUCUCAAGCCCGGCCUUCAGCGGCACCUUCAAGAAGGUCAUGAAUAAACUGCUGAGGAGGAGCAAUGAUGAGAUCAAAUCUGAGAAUGAAAUUUCCACUGUUGAGGGUAGAAUAUAAAAGCACCUACGAUUUGAAGCUGUUACAUGAGGGCACAAUGCCUUUUAAAGCCCUGUCUAUUGACUUUUAGUUAUAACUGUAGAAAGAUGUUAGGUUGAGACUGAACAAAAUCCACCGACCCUAUAUGAUAUUAGAAGCUCAAUACUGUGUACUUCACAUAAAAUC